AGUAAAAGUUGAUCCUUAUGGAACGAUGGGAUUCAUUGCACCAGAGAAUUUUUCUACCGGUUUUUUGACCGAGAAAGCUGAUGUUUAUUCUUUUGGUAUGCUUCUGCUGGUGCUUUUGACCAGACAAAGGUACUUCUGGCGCCAAAUUGAGAGGGAUAUAGAUGAUCUUGAUGAAGUAUCCAACCCCGCAAAGUAUUUUGUUGAGAACAACAGGUUGAGUGAGAUUGUGGAUCCUGUAGUAUUGAAAGAGGCAGCUGGAAGGCCUGGGAUGGAGCAGCAGUUGCAGGAUUUUGCAACAGUUGCCCUGAGGUGCAUCAAUUUAACAGUAGAAGAUAGGCCAACAAUGAUUGAUGCAGCAAUACAACUCGUGCAGAUUGAACAGUCGUACUCUAGCCCAGUAAAUUGCUUCACUUGGCUCCAUCCAAGUUUGUAACUUUUGAUAACUUUGGUGUUGGACAUUUGGAUUUAUUUUAGUUUAUUUACUUAUCUUUUACU